CCGACCGACCGGUCCACCGCCUCGGCCCCGGAAUCUGGAUUCCAGAGUGACAAGCAACACUGAAGGAGGAGGGUGCAUAAACCUGACGGGGAGUAUUUUAACACUUUGAAGCCGUCCACGCUACAGGCAUAAUGGUGAAGGUAUCCGUCGAGUACUGUGGUGGAUGAGGGUACGCCCCCCGUUAUGAGGAACUGGCCAGGAUGAUCAAGGCAAAGGUUCCUCAGGCGGAUGUCAAUGGUGUUGUUGGGCGUCGAACUUCAUUUGAAGUUAGCAUUGAUGACACUGUGGUUCACUCCAAACUUCAAACUAUGGCCUUUCCUGAUUUCGACGAGGUGGUGGAUAUUACUUCUGACGUAGAAAUUGGAAACCCUGUUCGACAGAUUUCCAAAACACAUUCUGAUGGAUGCAGUGUUAUGUAGAGCAGCUUCAUUUGAGGUGACAGUCAAUGACACCGUUGUCUUCUCAAAGCUCGAGCGUGGUGGCUUCCCAGAUAAUGAGGAGAUUGUUGCUAUUGUGAUAGCUGCAGAAGCUGGUGGCGCUAUUGGGACUGCGCAAAAAUCAAAGUCCUCUUGUACAAUCUUUUAAACUGUUGGUGGUAACUUAGGCAUGAAGUUUUGAUGGCUAUUAAUAUUAAUAUUAUUAUUAUUUUUUAAUCUUUAGUUCUCCUUUUAGUCAUUUCUUAAUUUAUGACUAGAUUUUUUAAUACAAAAUGAGCAAUUAUAUUUGAUGAUUUUCAUGACUUUAUAUAUUGAUGGAUUUAUAAUGCUUCCACCUGUUACCAGCAAUGCAGCAAUAUGAAAGGUGUUUCCAAAAGGAGAUGUGGUGUGUUACUGUACCAUAAAUGAAGGGAACAGUUAAAACACAACAGUGUGACCGUUUCUGGAAGUAGUUGCUCUAUGAGCUCACUACAUUUCUUUUUAUCAGAUGCACCUUAACGCAUAUACAAUAAAGGAUAAAUUUAUAUAUACAGUAUA